CGAAAGUUAAGCUGCAAUUGCACGCGCAGAGAGGAAUCCGUCCAAAAAAUGUGAGAACCCAAGCCCAAAACAUCACCAAAAGUCAAAACCCAGACAUCAGAGGAUUUGUCAACGUAUUUUUCAUAGUAAACAACGAUAUAUAUACUGGGAAAUACAACAGAAAUGUGUUGAUCGGAAGAAUCAAAGUGAUGGCGUCGCUUUCAUCAGUAUCGCUAUCAACGUCUUCAUCAGAGAUCUCAAUCUUCCCCUCAACUAAUCGGAAACUCGCUGUAUUACCAACAGCUGUCCGUACUUUUCCGGGACAGACAAUAAAGAAAACCAGAACACAAAUGAUUAAUGUGGCACAUGUUCAACCUCCUGAAGUCAACAAACCGCAUUGUUCCAUAAGGUCUACAUCUUUCAAUGUGGAAGGAACUGGAAGCACUACUUCACUUGAUGAAGAAGUUAAAGUUGAUGCUUCUGGGAUGGAGGUUUCCAUAAAGUUGCCUUUGUUUGAGACUCCAUCAUCCAGUACUGAUGCAGAAACUGAUGAUUCAGCCUCUCUUAGCGUUGCAGUUAUCGGGGCCACUGGUUUACUAGCCAGAACGAAAAUAUUUCCAGCAUUAUUUGCUUUGUAUUACAGUGGUCAUCUUCCAGAGAACACAACUGCAAAGCAAGAGGAAGCUAAGAAAGAUCCAACAAAGUGCUGUGUUUUCGUUUCCACCUUGGUUAUUUGCUCCAGCCAAGCUGUGAAGAACAAUUGGAGGGUGGAUGAGAAAUUUGGUAUAUUUGGGUACUCGAGGAAAAAUUUGACAGAAGAUCAUCUGAGAGCCAUAAUAGCACCAACUUUAAGUUGCCGCAUUGAUCACCAAGAAAACUGUGAAGAAAAAAUGGAUGCAUUUCUCAAAAGGAUAUUCUAUCUUAAUGGAGGGUAUGACAACCGAGAAGGAAUGUCAAAUCUCAAUACUCUCAUGGAAGAAGGUGAGGGAAAGUUUGGAGCAAACAGAAUAUUUUACCUUUCUGUGCCUCAAGAAGCACUUAUCGACGUAGCAUCCUCUCUUGCUGAAAAGGCCCAAACGCAGAGGGGUUGGAAUCGUGUAAUAAUUGAAAAACCCUUUGGUCUGGGUUUGUUUUCUUCUCAUCAGUUGACUAACUCGCUUCUUUCAGACUUUGAGGAAAAGCAAUUAUACAGGAUAGAUCAUCUUUUGGGAAGGAACACAAUCGAAAAUCUUGCGGUUCUAAGGUUCUCUAAUGUAGUAUUUAUGCCAUUAUGGAAUCGAAGUUACAUACACAACAUACAGGUCACUUUUUCUGAAGAGUUAGGCAUGCAGACCUCAGCAAGAUAUCCUAAUGGCUAUGGGAUAUUAGGAGAUGUUGUACACAGUCACAUCUUCCAGACAGUCGCCUUGCUUGCUAUGGAGCCGCCUGUCACCCUUGACGGUGAAGAUAUUCGUUAUGAGAAGGUUAAGGUUUUGAAAUCAAUACGAAAACUGGAAUCAUCUGAUGUAAUUCUUGGGCAUUACGAAGCUGAUUCUGGAAGUAACUUCAAGGAUAAGGACAACCCAAUACCCACAUAUUUUGGUGCUGUUUUAUACGUUGAUAAUGCACGGUGGGAUGGUGUGCCUUUUCUUAUUAAGGCUGGCAGGGGGCUCAAAAAGAACAGAGUCGAAAUUCGUAUACAAUUUCGUCGUGUUCCUGGAAACCUUUAUAAUAAAGAUGGAGGGCAUAUGCAAAAUCUUGCCACUAAUGACUUAAUUCUGCGUGAUGUGCCUGAUGAGGCCAUACUUGUCAGAAUCAAUAAUAAAAUUCCAGGAUUAGGCAUGAACUUGGAGGCUUCUGAGUUGAACUUACUUUAUAAGGACAAGUACAACGUUGAGAUAACCGAUUCUUAUGAGCAACUUCUUCACGAUGUAAUAGACGGAGACAACCAUCUAUUCAUGAGAAGUGAUGAGGUUGAAGCUGCGUGGAACGUUUUAUCUCCAGUUUUAAGUGAGUUGGACAACAACAAUGUAACAGUUGAACGAUACAACUUCGGUAGCAAAGGUCCAGAUAAAGCUGGUAAUCUCUGGGCUAAACAUGGGGUCCAGUGGUUGGAUGAUUAGCAAAUUUCCUAUCAAACCAUCAUACAAACAUUGAAAUUCAUAAAGAAGGAACUAUUAGAAAUCCACUCUCUCCAUUCUUGGUCUUCAUGGUCAUUGAUUGAGAUGGAAUCAAUGUCAAAAAUUUGCACACCUGUUACACACUACAGAAAAAUUCGACUUUAGAUCACCAUCUCUCACCCCCCCCAAACCCCCCAACCCCCUUUUUUUUUCUUCUGUCAUGUGGAUAUGACAUUACACUAGAAUCUGAAAGUUGGGGCGGCAUUGUUGGCACCACUUGUUUGUUUGUUUGUUUUGGGUUCUGUCUAAUUGAUGAGGUAAUGUGAAGCUGGUGGCAUAGUGACAUAUUGGUGAACUAACCACUUUGCUGAUUGCCUCCCA